UGUCGCCGACUCUUUUCCAGCCACACGCUCCAGCAGCUCGUUCACUCACCGGACAAGAUAACGCCGUAGCAGACGGGUAGAGCUGCCUUUCUGUUUGUCUCCUCCUCCUCCCCUCCCUCGCUGACGCCAUCAUCUAUGGCCGCUUUGUCCAUGGCGUCUUUUUGCUCUUCCUCCUUCGCCCUUCCUUUCCCCAUCACUUGCUCCUCUUCCUCACCGGCAGAUAAGGAAACCUCCAAGUCUAAUCCUUCCUCGAAGUCGAAGGACGACUGGCGGAAGCGAUCCAAGCCCAUCCGUCCUGGCGGCGUAUACCCCGCAAAGGAUCACUGCAGUCGUUGCGGGCUCUGCGAUACCUACUACAUUGCCCACGUGAAGGAUGCCUGCGCUUUCUUAGGCGAUGGCAUGUCCCGGAUCGAGGUUCUAGAACCAAUAGUACAUGGAAGAGGGAGAACCACAGAAUCGGAUGAUAUGUAUUUUGGGGUUCAUCAGCAACUGCUGUAUGCUAAGAAGAUAAAACCUGUAGAAGGAGCGCAAUGGACUGGGAUUGUAACAACAAUUGCUGUAGAAAUGCUUAAAGCAAAUAUGGUAGAUGCUGUAAUAUGUGUGCAAAGUGAUCCAGACGACAGGCUUUCUCCAAGGCCAAUUUUAGCUAGGACCCCAGAAGAAGUUUAUGCAGCAAAAGGUGUAAAGCCGACAUUAUCUCCUAACCUCAACACCCUUGCCCUUGUAGAGGCUGCAGGAGUGAAACGCCUUCUUUUCUGUGGAGUUGGUUGCCAAGUGCAAGCAUUAAGAUCUGUUGAGAAAUAUCUUAACCUGGACAAGCUUUAUGUUCUCGGCACCAAUUGUGUUGACAAUGGAACUCGGGAUGGCCUAGAGAAGUUCUUGAAGGCAGCUAGCAGUGACCCGGAUACAGUCUUGCAUUAUGAAUUCAUGCAAGAUUACAAGGUUCAUCUAAAGCAUAUAGAUGGCCACAUUGAGGAGGUUCCUUACUUCUCCCUGCCAGCAAAUGAACUAGUUGAUGUUAUUGCACCAUCCUGCUACAGCUGCUUUGAUUACACGAACGCAUUAGCAGACUUAGUUGUGGGCUAUAUGGGUGUUCCAAAAUACUCUGGGGUAAGCAUGACUGAGCAUCCACAAUAUAUCACUGUUAGGAAUGAGAAAGGGAGGGAGAUGCUAGAACUCGUUGAGAAGCUUUUAGAGAUCACUCCAACUACCACGAGUGGUUAUCGAAAACCAUUUGUCAUGGAGACUGUGAAGGCUGAUGAUAAAGCAAAAAAUGGCAAGGGUCCUCAACCAGCUCCUAAGUUUGUCGGGAAUAUCAUUGCUUUCCUGCUUAAUCUGAUCGGCCCCAAAGGUUUGGAGUUUGCUCGCUAUUCGUUGGAUUACCACACAAUAAGGAAUUACUUGUAUGUGUAUCGACUAUGGGGGAAACAAAGAGCUGAAAGGCACAUCCCCUCGUAUGCAAAGAAAAUUGUAGAAAACUAUAAUGAAGAUGCAAGUAUUGAUCUUAUGCUUUCUGGGGAUUGACCUGUGUUUGGAGUUAUGAUCACCUGUUGUUGCCCAUAGUGAUUAGGUUUUAAAGCAUAAUGAAGAUCCUGUACAGGUUUUUUUUAAAUUUUAUUUCUGAGAGGCUGAUAAUAUUUAUGGAUUAAUGUCUAGUUGAGUUUUUGUUUGUUCAUUUGAAAAGUCUAUCCCUAGAUCAUAGUUACAUUGAUGGUGCUGUUUUUUUGGAGGAAAGUUAUCCAAAUGAAAGGGACGGAGAGGGGAGAGAACC